AUGAAAUAUCUUAUUAUUUUUUCGGUUAAAGUAAAAGUUAAUUUUGUUCGUAAUCAUACAAAUGAUGAUCAUUUUGAUUUAAUUGAUAAACGUAAAUUACUUGGUAAAACAAUAAUUUAUUUAAGUCGAGAUGCAAAUAAUAGUAGUAUUAUUAUUUCAUUACAAAUUUUGGGAAAUAUUCUUUAUAAAAAAUUUGGUCGUGUAUGUGAUAUACUUCAAACAAUAUUAAAUAAUGAUCAAUUACAAGUUGAUGAAACAAUUAUAAAAAUUUUGGAAAAAGAACUUGAUGAAUAUGUUUAUAAUCCAAUCGAAGCAAAAGAACGUUUACGUCAAAGUCCUUAUCGACGUUUAGAAUUAAUUCCUGAAGCUGCACGUGAUAUUAUUAAAAAAAAACUUUUACCACAACUUCGUCAAAAAAAUAAAAUUGUUUCAUUAAAUCUCAAAGAAUUUGUUGAAAAAAAUCUUAUUGAAAUAGCUACAUUUGCUGAUAAAUAUGAACAACAAAUACCAAUUUGGACACGUGAAAGACAAGAACAACUUGAUGAUCAAAUUCGUCGUUUUAUUAUUGAACAAAAAAAACUUAAUUUAAUUGAAUAUCUUCGUUUAUUAGAAGAACAUAAAGCAUUUGCUGAUGAAAGUUUUGAAAAUAUUCGUACACAAGGUGAACAUGAAUAUUUUGAAUUAGCUCGUCAACAUUAUCAUUGGGAUCGAAUGGAACCACAUCGUUCAUUACAUCUUGAUAAAAAAUUACGUGAUGAAGAAAUGAGUGAUAUAAGAAAUUGGCCACCAUAUAAAUAUCUUGCUGAUUAUGUUCCAUUACAUGAAAAAAUGAAACGUCGGAAAGAAGAUUUACCUCCAAGUGGAAAACCUCCUUAUUACAAACAACACUUUUUCUAA